GGCGUAUGUUACACUUCAACCCCGAACGCGUACGUUAGUGAUUGGAAUUCACAAUUCUAAAUCACCAUUUGGUAAAUGAAAGAACAGUUCCGCUACUCGUCGUCCCAUUUCGCCUUUCCUGCGAGGUCCUUGGAGAUAUCUCUUUUUCUUCUCAGAAGGCAAGACUAGUAAGAACGUUGGUUUAGUUUGAUAUUCCACCAGCAUUCACAAUGGCGGACGAUGAACCUGUUGAUCCGAAGAAAUAUCUUGAAGACUCUUGCAAGCCAAAGUGUGUUAAACCUCUUCUUGAGUAUCAGGCUUGUAUUAAGAGGAUCCAAGGUGAUGAAACUGGUCACAAACACUGUACAGGGCAAUACUUUGAUUACUGGUCUUGUGUUGAUGCAUGUGUUGCGCCAAAACUAUUUCCGGGACUGAAAUAAUGAAGAUGAUGUUUCAUAGGGCAUUGCCUUUCCUGUCCACUCUAUUUCACUUGCCAACCUCUAAUAACUGCUUCCAAAGGACUGUCUAUUCUUGUAUGGUACUGCUUACAAUUUUUUUUAACAGAAACCUCGAGUUUAGACAAAUAAAAGAGGGUGUUAGGAGUUGACUCUGUCAGUCAGUUUGAUGUUGGUUUUAUGCGUUUGUGUUGGAUGUUUUGUAUGGCAGUAGUUAUACAGAGAAAUGAAUAAAGGAAUAAGAUAAAUGUAACAUUCACGUAGGUUAGUGAA